CUCUCUCUCUCUCUCUCUCUCUCUCUCUCUCUCUCUCUCUCUCUCUCUCUCUCUCUCUCUCUCUCUCUCUCUCUCUUUCCCUUUUCCCUUCCUCCCUCCUUCACCCAUUCAUUCCCUCUCCCCCACAGACAUACGCACUCGCUCACUCACCCACUCCACAUAACACAUAACUAUAUCCCAAUAAAUUCCCUACCACAUAGCCCAUCUCAUCUCCACAUUUUCGCAAGUAAAAAUAAUAAACAGAGAGAGAAAUAAAUAGAAAAAUAGUUAAGAUGGCCGUCAGCAGAAAUGUCGUCAUUUUCCUGUCCUUCACGUGUGUGGUGACACUGUUGAUUGGGAUGAAGGAAACUCAAAUUAAAAGCAAGAACGUCGAAUUUCAUAUCACAGAAACGAGCCACGAAACCACAACAGCCGCAGAUCCGAAGAGAGAAACUGAACCAGAAACAGAACAAAACAACAACGCAAAUAGACAAUGGAACUACAAACAGGAGGAGAGGAAGCAAGCAGUGAGGGAAGCUUGCAGAGGCCAAGACAGAGAGUACCUGCUAGAUCGUCUCCUUGACUCACCUCGUCGCUUAGGUCACCUGCUGGUCGACGAUGCACACCGAACUCUAUAUUGUUAUGUUCCCAAGGUGUCGUGCACGGCCUGGAAGCGCGUGUGGGCGGUGCUGACGGGGAAACUGAAGGCGUCGAAGCUUCAAGAAUCACCAAACGUCUCCCCUCAUUUCCUGACGAAGAAGAUGUCACUCUUAGGACAGAGGCUUAGUAGAGAGGAACUUCGGCAGAAGCUCCUGACCUACACCAAGUUCCUGGUGGUGCGCCAUCCGCUGGAGCGCCUCCUGUCCGCCUUCAGGAACAAGUUCGAGAUCAACACCAGGGACGCGAAGGUGUUCAAGCGCGUCUACGGAGCCAAGAUGAUUCGGAAAUACCGUCUAGGAACCGGGUCGUCGAGCGAGAACCUAACUUCGGCAGAGGAGCUCGAGGAGGAGUCCGCCAAGACGACCGGCGAAGGCGUGAGGUUCUCGGAGUUCGUGUCCUUUCUGCUGGACAAGAAGGACCUGGCGACCGUCAACGAGCACUGGCGGCCCUACGAGUCCCUUUGCCACCCGUGCGCCGUGUCCUACGACGUCAUAGGCAAGUACGAGACCCUAGAGGAGGACUCGGAGAGGUUCCUGCGUCUCAUCGGAGCUCCCGAGGGCCUCCACUUCCCCCACUACGCGCCGACGAACACCUCCGCUCUCCUGCGCUCCUACCUCGCCUCCGUCAAGCCAGGCGAGCUCGUGAAGCUGAUGAUGGCUUACCAGAGGGACUUCCAGCUCUUCCAGUACGAUGGGGUGGACGUUCCAGAGGACGAGACGCUGUAAUUUUGUUUGGAAAUUAUUGGAAAUUAUUUUUUAAAUAUAGCUAAAUAUACGUG